AUGAUGUCAACACCUGAUAUGAACGGAUCAAAUGAUGUGAACUCGGAUACCGAAUCAUCAGGAACAACUUCACUGUCUGUCGGUGGAUCGGGUCGUUUACAUUCGAUGGAUAACAAAGAUUGGAAAUCGACGCUUCAAAUUCCGAAAAAAGAUACAAGAAUAAAAACAACGAAGAGGUCUCCACGUGAUAGUCUCCGUUUAUAUAUACCAUUUUGUAGAGCUCGACGAACUGAUCACGAUGCCAUAUACCGCUCAUCCCCAUACGCUGUAAGUGAAGAGUUAAAUCGGUCUCAACUUUCAAAGAAUCACUCUGCGACGCUGUCUGGUGACUUAGAUUUUAACGAUAUUGUAGUUUCAAGCGUUCCGAUUCGCACCAUGGAAUGCGC